AGCUUCAGCUUCAGGUGAGCCAGAGCAGAUCGACCGGGCUCUGCAGACGGCGCUAGAGGGUCUCCCACCCGACGUUCUCUCUCUCCUUCCCCCCUGGCCCUCUUGCGCUUCUGCCUCCCCCGAUUCCCUUUUUGCAGGAGCGAGCCGUCUUCUGGAGGCGCAUGCCUUGGAGGCCGUGCGUGCCCGUCACGCCUCUCCCUUGCACCUUGCCCGUUUGACUUCCCUUCAGGGCGGAGGUGCAGGGGCGUGGUUGACGUCGGUGCCGUACGCUGACCCACUGCGCAUCCCGGAGGCGCUGUGGCAGGCGGCUUCAUCUUCUCGUCUCGGUCUCCCUAUCCCCCAGUUAGCCCUUGCAGGUCAGUGCUCCUGCGGACAGGCGAUUGACGACAUGACGGUGCCUCAUCACGCGGUUCGGUGCCCGCGCUACGGGGUCGCCACUACCAUCCACGACACGGUGAAGUACAUGCUUCGAGACUUUGCGGUCGAGGCGGGCUUCGCGGUAAAGGUGGAGGACUCUACGCUGUUCACACAGUUGGAGGCGGCUCGAGCGAGACUACUGGGACAGCCAGUGGUGGGAGAGGGGACGCGGGCUGAGGGACCGGGGGAGCAGAGAGGCGAGGCGGGACAGCCGGGUGGCGGGGGACAGUGGGGACAGCACCAGCUGCGGGGUCAGGUGGAGCGAGGGAUAGGUGGGCGGAGGGGACGGCAGGGGGAGCAGACGGGCCAGGACGGGGAGGGGAGACGGCACAGGCAGCAGCAGGAGAGCCAGGGGAGGCCGCGGGCCCAGGGCGCCGCGCCUCCAGGUUCGGCCUCGGAGGAGGGGCAGGGGCGGGAGCAGCAGAGAGCGGACGGAGGUACAGGAGGGGCAGCGGGAUUGGGAGGGGAGGGCCAGGGAGUGAGAGAGGCAGCAGGGGAUGGAGCAGGGGGGUCGGGAGGGUUGGGGGAGGGUAGAGAGGGGGAGGGGAGAGGACAGGUGGAUGGAGGAGAGGAGAGGGGGAGAGAGACGAUCGGAGAGGAGGCACCAAGGGACCAGACAGGGCAGCAGCCAGCGCAACAGCAGGGACCAGUCGGACGCACAGGCCGUGUAGGCACCGCCUCCCGCAUCCCAGACCUCACCUGCCGCGACGUUGGCCAGGGUCUGAUGGUUCUUGUGGAUGUCUCCAUAGCGGAUCCACAGCGGGAGGGGAACGUGCAGCUGAGACGGGCGACCCCCACACAGAUUGGAGUGGCAGCAGCUAGGCGGGUGCAGGAGAAGCUGCGGCACUGGGGGCCGCACUUAGAGGGGCUGCAGCCGGCACCACACUUUUACGCGUGCGUGGCGGAGACCUUUGGCCUUCUGAGUGAGCCGCUACGUCAGUUUCUGGGGCUCUGCGCAAAGAGGAUAGCACAGCGGAGGAGGGAUAGAGGUGGGGGGGAUGACGGAUCGGCACGGAUAUUUGAGGCAGGACUCACUACACGCCUCUCCGUUGCACUGCAGCGCGCGCAGGCUCAAUGCAUGAUCCAGCAUGCGGUGCGGCAGUUAGGGGGAUCCGACGACGGGUGGAUGCCCGCACCAGUCCCACUGGGUGCGGGGCAGGGUACUUGGCACCACGUCACAGGGUGCUUCGAGAGUUCACACCCCCUGCCCCCUCAUGCCAUCCGCUCCCCCCGCCCCUACCCUCCGCGUGCCCGCUCCCUUGCCGCCUCUUUUGACCCUCCCUGCCCCCCCUCGCCGUUUCCCACCGCCCGCCAUUCGCUCCUCCCCGCCCGUGCGCUCCCCUCCUUUACCUUCUCCUCCCCCCUCCCCUCCUCUGCUGCACGCCUCUUCCUUCCCCUCGCCGACCCACUCCACUCCCUGCCCCUCCUCAAUCCGCACCCUGCCCCUCGUAUCUCGCCCCCCUAUGCUUGGUUUCUCCCCUCCCUGCCCCUCGCCGCCUUUCCCCGCUCCCCACCUCCCCCCUCUCCCUGCCCCCCCCACUCUCCCCCCCCCUUGUCCUUGGCUUCCUACCUCCCUGCCUCACCUUUCCCCCCUCCGUGUGCUCAGCUUCUCCCCUCCCUGCCCCUCCCUCCUCCCCGCCCUGCCCCUCAUUUUCCGCCCCCCCCCCCCCACGCCCGGUUUCUCCCCUCCCCGCGCCUCCCUUUCUUUCUCCGUGCCUCUCCUUUGCUCCCUCCCUGCCCCCGCCUGCCCAUGCCCCUGUCUUUGGCUUCUCCCCUCCCUGCCCCACGUUUCUUCCCUCCCUGCCCCCCGUCUGCCCCUCCCUUGUUUUCCCCUCACCCAUUGCUUCUCUCCUCCCUGCCCUUGAUUUCCCACACCCCUGCCCUCGUUUCCUAUCAUCCAUGCCCCUCGUUUCCCCCCUUUCCCCUGCCCGUUGCUGCCCCUCCCCUUGCCCCCUCAACUCCCCUGCCCCCCGUACACCCCAAGUCCCAUCCAACCGCCCCCACCCUCCCCCGGCUGCCCGUUUCCGCUCUCCACCCCCGCGACCGUGUGCGGCUUCCAACCGCCCAACGGUGGUGCGCACGGGGCUCACACCCCCUGCCCCCUCAUGCCAUCCGCUCCCCCCGCCCCUACCCUCCGCGUGCCCGCUCCCUUGCCGCCUCUUUUGACCCUCCCUGCCCCCCCUCGCCGUUUCCCACCGCCCGCCAUUCGCUCCUCCCCGCCCGUGCGCUCCCCUCCUUUACCUUCUCCUCCCCCCUCCCCUCCUCUGCUGCACGCCUCUUCCUUCCCCUCGCCGACCCACUCCACUCCCUGCCCCUCCUCAAUCCGCACCCUGCCCCUCGUAUCUCGCCCCCCUAUGCUUGGUUUCUCCCCUCCCUGCCCCUCGCCGCCUUUCCCCGCUCCCCACCUCCCCCCUCUCCCUGCCCCCCCCACUCUCCCCCCCCUUGUCCUUGGCUUCCUACCUCCCUGCCUCACCUUUCCCCCCUCCGUGUGCUCAGCUUCUCCCCUCCCUGCCCCUCCCUCCUCCCCGCCCUGCCCCUCAUUUUCCGCCCCCCCCACGCCCGGUUUCUCCCCUCCCCGCGCCUCCCUUUCUUUCUCCGUGCCUCUCCUUUGCUCCCUCCCUGCCCCCGCCUGCCCAUGCCCCUGUCUUUGGCUUCUCCCCUCCCUGCCCCACGUUUCUUCCCUCCCUGCCCCCCGUCUGCCCCUCCCUUGUUUUCCCCUCACCCAUUGCUUCUCUCCUCCCUGCCCUUGAUUUCCCACACCCCUGCCCUCGUUUCCUAUCAUCCAUGCCCCUCGUUUCCCCCCUUUCCCCUGCCCGUUGCUGCCCCUCCCCUUGCCCCCUCAACUCCCCUGCCCCCCGUACACCCCAAGUCCCAUCCAACCGCCCCCACCCUCCCCCGGCUGCCCGUUUCCGCUCUCCACCCCCGCGACCGUGUGCGGCUUCCAACCGCCCAACGGUGUCACACCCCCUGCCCCCUCAUGCCAUCCGCUCCCCCCGCCCCUACCCUCCGCGUGCCCGCUCCCUUGCUGCCUCUUUUGACCCUCCCUGCCCCCCCUCGCCGUUUCCCACCGCCCGCCAUUCGCUCCUCCCCGCCCGUGCGCUCCCCUCCUUUACCUUCUCCUCCCCCCUCCCCUCCUCUGCUGCACGCCUCUUCCUUCCCCUCGCCGACCCACUCCACUCCCUGCCCCUCCUCAAUCCGCACCCUGCCCCUCGUAUCUCGCCCCCCUAUGCUUGGUUUCUCCCCUCCCUGCCCCUCGCCGCCUUUCCCCGCUCCCCACCUCCCCCCUCUCCCUGCCCCCCCCACUCUCCCCCCCCCUUGUCCUUGGCUUCCUACCUCCCUGCCUCACCUUUCCCCCCUCCGUGUGCUCAGCUUCUCCCCUCCCUGCCCCUCCCUCCUCCCCGCCCUGCCCCUCAUUUUCCACCCCCCCCCACGCCCGGUUUCUCCCCUCCCCGCGCCUCCCUUUCUUUCUCCGUGCCUCUCCUUUGCUCCCUCCCUGCCCCCGCCUGCCCAUGCCCCUGUCUUUGGCUUCUCCCCUCCCUGCCCCACGUUUCUUCCCUCCCUGCUCCCCGUCUGCCCCUCCCUUGUUUUCCCCUCACCCAUUGCUUCUCUCCUCCCUGCCCUUGAUUUCCCACACCCCUGCCCUCGUUUCCUAUCAUCCAUGCCCCUCGUUUCCCCCCUUUGUACGUUCAGCCUCUUCCCUCCCUGCCCCUCCCUUCCUCCCCCCCUGCCCUUUGCUCUCCCCUCGUUACGCUCCCUUCUCCCCAUCCCUGCUGCCCUCUUACCACCAUCAGCCCAUCCCCACGACCAGCCCCCCUCCCACCCUUCAAUCCCCCCCCUCCCUCUCUCUCUCUCUCUCUCUCUCUUUCUCACACACACACACACACGCACACUCCCCUCCCCCACGCCCCCCACCUACAUCCUCCCAUUCUGCCCCUCCCUGCCCCUUUCCCACCCCCUCGCACGCCCCUCACCUCCCACCUCCGUGCAACUGGUUUCCCCCCUAUGGUGCCACCCUUGCAUCGCUCGCCCCUCUGCUCACCCUCUGCCCGCCCCUUUUCCGUGCCCUCAGUUGGCCCAGCCCCUGCCCGUUGCUGCCCCUCCCCUUGCCCCCUCAACUCCCCUGCCCCCCGUACACCCCAAGUCCCAUCCAACCGCCCCCACCCUCCCCCGGCUGCCCGUUUCCGCUCUCCACCCCCGCGACCGUGUGCGGCUUCCAACCGCCCAACGGUGUCACACCCCCUGCCCCCUCAUGCCAUCCGCUCCCCCCGCCCCUACCCUCCGCGUGCCCGCUCCCUUGCCGCCUCUUUUGACCCUCCCUGCCCCCCCUCGCCGUUUCCCACCGCCCGCCAUUCGCUCCUCCCCGCCCGUGCGCUCCCCUCCUUUACCUUCUCCUCCCCCCUCCCCUCCUCUGCUGCACGCCUCUUCCUUCCCCUCGCCGACCCACUCCACUCCCUGCCCCUCCUCAAUCCGCACCCUGCCCCUCGUAUCUCGCCCCCCUAUGCUUGGUUUCUCCCCUCCCUGCCCCUCGCCGCCUUUCCCCGCUCCCCACCUCCCCCCUCUCCCUGCCCCCCCCACUCUCCCCCCCCCUUGUCCUUGGCUUCCUACCUCCCUGCCUCACCUUUCCCCCCUCCGUGUGCUCAGCUUCUCCCCUCCCUGCCCCUCCCUCCUCCCCGCCCUGCCCCUCAUUUUCCGCCCCCCCCACGCCCGGUUUCUCCCCUCCCCGCGCCUCCCUUUCUUUCUCCGUGCCUCUCCUUUGCUCCCUCCCUGCCCCCGCCUGCCCAUGCCCCUGUCUUUGGCUUCUCCCCUCCCUGCCCCACGUUUCUUCCCUCCCUGCCCCCCGUCUGCCCCUCCCUUGUUUUCCCCUCACCCAUUGCUUCUCUCCUCCCUGCCCUUGAUUUCCCACACCCCUGCCCUCGUUUCCUAUCAUCCAUGCCCCUCGUUUCCCCCCUUUCCCCUGCCCGUUGCUGCCCCUCCCCUUGCCCCCUCAACUCCCCUGCCCCCCGUACACCCCAAGUCCCAUCCAACCGCCCCCACCCUCCCCCGGCUGCCCGUUUCCGCUCUGCACCCCCGCGACCGUGUGCGGCUUCCAACCGCCCAACGGUGGGGCAUAAAUGGGUACAACAUGAGGACUUCCCGGGAGGUCACCCAGCCCAGUACUGCUCUCGCCCACCGGCGCUUAGCCCUUGACCUAGCUUACCUAGCCAUGGCUGCCUACUAA